CGCCCCCGCCGGCCUCCAGUCCUCCGACUACUUUCUGGGCGCUGAGCAGCUAUGGAGGUUCCCGGUAGCCUGUGCAAGAAAGUCAAGCUGAGCAAUAACGCGCAGAACUGGGGGAUGCAGAGGGCAACUAAUGUCACCUAUCAAGCUCACCACAUCAGCAGGAACAAGAGAGGUCAGGUGGUGGGGACCAGAGGUGGCUUUCGUGGUUGCACGGUUUGGCUAACAGGCUUAUCGGGAGCAGGAAAGACCACAGUAAGCAUGGCUUUGGAGGAGUACUUGGUGUGCCAUGGUAUUCCAUGCUACACUUUGGAUGGUGACAACAUUCGUCAAGGUCUCAAUAAAAAUCUUGGCUUUAGUCCUGAAGACAGAGAAGAGAACGUUCGAUGCAUCGCAGAAGUUGCUAAGCUGUUUGCAGAUGCUGGCUUAGUGUGCAUCACAAGUUUUAUAUCACCUUAUACUCAGGAUCGCAACAAUGCAAGACAAAUUCAUGAGGGCGCAAGUUUACCUUUUUUUGAAGUGUUUGUUGAUGCUCCCCUGCAUGUUUGUGAACAGAGGGAUGUCAAAGGACUCUACAAAAAAGCACGGGCUGGAGAAAUUAAAGGUUUCACUGGGAUUGAUUCUGAAUAUGAAAAACCAGAGGCCCCGGAAUUGGUGCUGAAAACAGACUCCUGUGAUGUAAAUGACUGUGUCCAGCAGGUUGUGGAGCUUCUACAGGAAUGGGAUAUUGUACCUGUGGAUGCCUCUUAUGAAGUGAAAGAACUGUAUGUGCCAGAAAAUAAAGUUCAUUUGACAAAAACAGAUGCAGAAACAUUACCAGCAUUGAAAAUUAAUAAAGUGGAUAUGCAGUGGGUGCAGGUUUUGGCAGAAGGUUGGGCAACCCCGCUGAAUGGCUUUAUGAGAGAGAGGGAGUACUUGCAGUGUCUUCAUUUCGAUUGUCUUCUGGAUGGGGGUGUCAUUAACUUGUCAGUACCGAUAGUUCUUACAGCUACUCAGGAAGAUAAAGAGAGGCUGGACGGCUGCACGGCUUUUGCUCUGAUGUACGAGGGCCGCCGCGUGGCUAUUCUUCGCAAUCCAGAGUUUUUUGAGCACAGGAAGGAGGAGCGCUGUGCCAGGCAGUGGGGAACAACAUGCAAGAACCACCCCUACAUCAAGAUGGUUAUGGAACAAGGAGAUUGGCUGAUUGGAGGAGAUCUUCAAGUCUUGGACCGAAUUUAUUGGAAUGAUGGUCUUGACCAGUACUGUUUUACUCCUACUGAGCUAAAGCAGAAGUUUAAAGAUAUGAAUGCAGGUCCAGUGGCAUUGCAGAACAUGGAUGGUUGCAGGAGCCAAUUUUUACAUUGUUGGACGAGACCCUGCUGGCAUGCCUCAUCCAGAAACAGGGAAGGCCAUGAAGACUUUGAAUUUAUUUCAGGAACACGAAUGCGCAAACUUGCCCGAGAAGGCCAGAAACCUCCUGAAGGUUUCAUGGCUCCCAAGGCCUGGACCGUGCUGAUGGAAUACUACAAAUCCUUGGAGAAAGCUUAAGCUGUUAACCCAGUCAUUUCACCUUUGACACCUCACUGAGUAACAAGAGGGGACCAUGUAGUUACUGUUGGCAUUUCUUUGUGGUGGUAUCUGUAUGAACAUGCUUCCUAAAAACAGACCCUUUUCCUUAACUAGCAUCAGUUUUGGUCUGCCUUAUGAGUUCUGUUCUGAACUAGUAUAACACACUGCUGGUUUUAAUGUAUCUUUUCCACUUACUAUAGUUAAAUAUUCCUACAAUAUAGUCUUUUUGUAUUAUAUUUAUGCUUCUGUCUCAUGAUUUUUUCAAGCUGUUAUAUCAGUUGUAACCAAUAGUAUACACAUUGAAUCUCACUUUUCUUCUCUUGAAAAAAGAAAAAAAAAUCCACUAAACAAUAAACUUGGCUAGACCUUGUUUGGGAAUUUUACAAGACGUCUGUAGCAUUUAGAUUUUUUCUUCUACAUUGGAAGUACAGACUGCUUUCUUCCUUCCCAUCAGCUAUUGAUCUCUCAACUGUUAUAAUCUAAAGUAUGUUAAUAUCUGUGUAAGCCCUGAAUGAACUUUAUUCAAUAAAAUUAAACU